UCGAAUUUUUAAAUAUGUAAGACUUGCGUCGUUAUUGUAGGAAUCAGAGAUCAGGAAAAAAAAAAUUAUAUUUGGAAGUUCAUCAUGUCGCCGUUCGUUCAUCUAAAUCCAUCGGCGCACGAAUGGGUAUACGACCCCGCCGGCGCGCAGAGCGCAAGCCAAGAGGGAAUAAUCCACGCUUUCCACAAGGCGUUGCCAGACUACAACGAGACGCGCCUGCAUUCUCUGCCGGACCUAGCGGCGGAACUGGGGCUCGGAGCCGUGCUAUUGAAGGACGAAUCCAACCGAUUCGGCCUGCCAGCGUUCAAGAUCCUAGGCGCGUCGUGGGCCGUAUACCGCGCGGUGGGAUCGCACCUGGGGCUCUCGGUAUCGGACGGGAGCACGCCCCUCGCGGACGUGGGCGCCAAGGCCCGCGAAGCCGGGGUCCGGGUGGUGACGCUCACGGAGGGGAAUUGCGGGCGGGCCGUGUCGCGGAUGGCCGCGAAGAUCAUGGGGAUCCCCACCAGGGUGUUCGUGCCGAAGUACAUGGACGAGCAGACCCGGAACAAGAUCCGGAGCGAGGGCGCCGAGGUUGUCGAGGUGGACGGGUUUUACGACGACGUGGUACCCGUAGCGCGGCGGGACGCCGAGUCUAACGACAAAGCGAUUUUAAUUCUGGAUGCCAGCGUGGAAGGAUUCGACGUCGUCCCGGAGUACUUUGUUCAGGGGUACAGCACGAUGCUUGCGGAGUCCGAUCGUCAGGUUCUGGAGUUGACGGGCGGGAAGCCGGCUACUCAUGCGAUUGUACCUGUUGGCGCUGGAUCCAUAGGGGAGGCCGUUGCGGCACACUUCAAAAGCGCUUCUUGGAGGAAGAAAUUCGGCUCGGCAAAGGUCAUUUCUGUCGAACCCACAACUGCGGCUUGCCUUCUGGAGUCGCUCAAAGUAGGCAAGAGUGUUACGGUUCAGACGGGAGACACUAUUAUGUGCGGGAUGAACUGUGGCACGCUAUCUACCACUGCAUGGCCGGUACUCAGAGACGGCGUAGACGCGAGCAUCGUGGUAACGGACCUGGAGGCACAUAAUGCAGUGCAGGAACUGAAAGCCCGUGACAUACUUGCCGGACCUUGCGGUGCUGCCACUUUAGCUGCGCUUAGGAGAGCGUGUACGGAUGCGAAGCAGGAUCUGGGGCUCAGUAAUACUUCUAUCGUGGUGCUAUAUUGUACCGAAGGGCCCAGAGAGUAUUCAGUACCGAAAAAUUAAGGAAAUGUGAGGAGAUGGGGACUAAGUUGACUUGAAUUUUAUUUAAAUUUAUAUAUCCACGGUAUAUCUUAGGUUAGGUAGUUCCCAUCUGAUAGCACGCGUGGUGUUUUUGUUUUUUUUGUACAUAUAUAUACAUCUGCAGGUAGAAGUUGACUUUUCGGAAUUCUAUAUAACCAAUAUCCCAAGAUAGGGGCAGUCUUAACUUGACCUAUCGCUUUUGAGACAGACGUGUGUCUGCUUGUCUGCUUCCUUUCCCUGCUUGUAUAUUCAUACAGGCCCCUUCAUCACUACCUCAUCCUAAUUUCUUCGGAUAUGACCGUACGAGUAGGGAGAUGGGCAUCAUUGCUGCUCUGGAAAUUUAAUUGCCACUCGCUCGGGUCCCUCAGAAGCCCAUGGU